AGAAACUACCAGCGUAAUGCGACCUUGGCGAAAUGUCGCGAACUUGUGAUGACCAAACGAGAUGAACGUGGUCGCAGACUAAACAUACGCUCUACCCACGCGAGAUAUAAAACGUUUUGAGGCCCCCAAAGUUAUCAACGAACAAUCUCAGCAUAAAACCGUCAUGUAUCGAUUCUUGAACAAAAUGUCGGGCAAUAGUCAGCAUUUGCCAGCCUUAUUGUUACUUCUCGCCGUCGCAAUCCCUGGCCCCACUGUUGCGAUCUCUGGUGUGCAGUCCGUCGGUGUCCAGGCAUGCGUCAAGCAUCACGUUGGAAACGAGCAGGAGACGCAGCGUACUUUGACCACCAACGACGACGGGGCCAUCAUUGACGCCGUGUCGGCCAACAUUAACGAUCGCACGCUCCAUGAGCUCUAUCUCUGGCCGUUCGCCAAUGCCGUCCAGUCUGACGUGUCGAGCAUCAUGUGCUCGUACAAUCGUGUCAAUGGGAAAUAUACGUGUGCCAACCCGGAGACUCUCGGGAUGCUGCGAGACGAAUUGGCAUUCCCCGGCUAUAUCGUCUCUGACUGGUACUCAACGCAUUCUACCAUUGCCUCUGCCAAUGCAGGGCUUGAUGUUGAGAUGCCCGGAAAUUUCAGCGCGGUUGCGGGCGAGGCUUACUUUGGCGACAUGUUGCUAGAGGCAGUCAGCAACCAGUCCGCAUCGGUGGAGCGCCUCGACGAGAUGGUCGAGAGGGUCACGAGGCCUUAUUACCUUCUCGGACAGGAUGGGGGAUUCCCAACGCUGGACCCGGCUAAUGCUGCCGCCUUUGUCGUCUAUCAGUAUGGCCACAGCAGCGAAUUACUCUCGUACUAUCCCUUACUUAAUGCUCGGGACGUCCGUGGUGAGCACGCAAAGCUUACUCGGGAGCUCGGAAGCGCCGCGACAGUUCUCCUCAAGAACGAGAACGACACACUGCCUCUCAAAGCCCCGAUAAACGUGGGGAUCUUCGGCAAUGGUGCACCGUAUCCGACAAUUGGAUCAGCAUUUCUCGACUACGGAGAUCAUCCCGAAGGGUUCGAAAUGGGAACCGUUGACAUUGGCGGCGGGUCGGGCACUGUCAGGCAUACCAACCUCGUGGCGCCCCUUGAAGCCAUUCGGAGGCAGACUGAAUCGUACGGCGGUCGUGUACAGGUUCUGCUCGACAACACCGAGAUAAUCAAAGGGACAUUCAGAACGAUUUACCCUGUUCCGGAUGUCUGCCUGGUCUUCCUCAAAGCAUACGCUACCGAGGGGCAGGACAGACAGAAUCUGGACCUCGAAUGGGAAGCAACAACGUGUCACCUACAACCGCCCACACCUUAGUAUCCCGAAAUUUUCGCUAGAGUCUAUAAGACACAGAAUAACCAAAAAUAAUCAUAAAAAAACAUACAACAGCCGGUAUUCGCUAGUCGUCACCGACCUAACUACUAGUCGGCCCCUUAGCGGCUUAACUAUGGGAGAGCGGACGGGAUCCCGUGUUUUCCA